AGCCUUCCGGGUCAUCUAGGAGCCUCCGCCCCUUGAGACCGACUUUACCCGAAGCGGAGGCAGUGGCGCCCCUGACUAGGCUGCGGAUCUUGGAGGGAGAGAGGGUGAGGGGCAUACAGUAUUGGGGAAGCGAGAAACUGGCAGACAGAAGAGUGGCGUGCGACUCUUGGAGAGGGGUGGGGCAGCGAGGGAGACGCUCCCGCGACUGCCCUGAAGGGUCAGGACUUCUGGUAGAGCACGGCCCUCGGAGCAUGCAGUCUGCGCCCGUCUGCUGACUCCCAAGCCUGGAGCCUGGGGAGAGAGUGGGCGUCUCCGUCGCGCACGCCGGGCAUCGAGUGUGCGUGCGGUGCUGAGCGUCCAAAACCCGACGGCAGUGUCUUCCCUGAGUGUCUGCACGUGUUGGGAGAGGGGCUCCCUAGGACUGCGCCCCGCUCAGGAUAAUGGAGAGGUGGCACGAGAGGCACACACUCAUCUCCACCUCUCCCCAGAUGGCAUCGUGGAGCCCUGACACCCCAUGUUCCUGCGACUGCUUUGUCUCGGUGCCCCCGGCCUCAGCCAUCCCAGCUGUGAUCUUUGCCAAGAACUCUGACCGGCCCCGGGAAGAGGUGCAGGAGGUGGUGUUUGUACCGGCAGGCACUCACGUCCCUGGGAGCCGGCUCCAGUGCACCUACAUUGAGGUGGAACAGGUGUCGAAGACCCAUGCUGCGAUCCUGAGCCGCCCUUCUUGGCUGUGGGGGGCUGAGAUGGGCGCCAAUGAGCAUGGUGUCUGCAUUGGCAACGAGGCGGUGUGGACCAAGGAGCCAGUUGGGACAGGGGAAGCUCUGCUGGGCAUGGAUUUACUCAGGCUGGCUUUAGAACGGGGCAGCUCAGCCCAGGAGGCGUUGCACGUGAUCACAGGCUUGCUGGAGCGCUACGGGCAGGGGGGCAGCUGCUGGGAGGACCCCAUGCCAUUCUGCUACCACAACACCUUCCUGCUGGCCGACCGGACUGAGGCAUGGGUGCUGGAGACGGUGGGGAGGCUGUGGGCUGCGCAGAGGAUCCAGGAGGGGGCCCACAACAUCUCCAACCAGCUGAGCAUCGGCACGGACAUCUCAGCAGAACACCCUGAGCUCCGGCCCCACGCCCGGGCCCAGGGCUGGUGGGGUGGGCAGGCUGCCUUUGACUUUGCCCAGAUCUUCUCCCUGACCCAGCAGCCUGUGCGCAUGGAGGCUGCCAAGGCCCGCUUCCGGGCCGGGCGGGAGCUGCUGCAGCAACGGCAAGGGGGCAUCACGGCAGAGGUGAUGAUGGGCAUCCUCAGGAGCAAGGAGAGUGGCAUCUGUAUGGACUCUGGAGGCUUCCGCACCACGGCCAGCAUGGUGUCCGUGCUGCCCCAGGACCCCACACAGCCCUGUGUCCACUUCCUCACUGCCACACCAGACCCGUCCCGGUCAGUGUUCAAACCUUUCAUCUUUGGUGUGGGAGUGGCCCAGGUCCCCCAGGUGCUGUCCCCCACUUUUGGAGCACAGGACCCUGUUCGGAGCCUGCCUCGAUUCCAGACUCAGGUGGAUCGCCGGCACGCCCUCUACCGCGGACACCAGGUGGCCCUGGGGCUGAUGGAGAGUGAGCAGGAUCGGGGGCAGCAGCUCCGGCAGAAGCAGCGGGACCUGGAGCAGGAAGGCCUGGAGGCUGUGCGGGGGCUGCUGGCCAGGGAGUGGGCCCCACCCCCCCAGGAGCUGGGCGGCCUCUUCCAGGCCUUUGUGGAGAAGGAGAGCCGGGCAUAUGCCUGAGCCCGGCUCCUCCCGGCUCGGCCUGGGGUGCAGCAGGCUGCAGUGGGCACAGGACCCCUGGAGUAGAGGGACAGAGCAACCCCUUCACCCCCUCCGCCUUGUUUUGAGUGGCCGGGUCGGCCUUUGCCUUAAUAAAUGUGUUCUAUUUCCUC